CACGCUACAAAUCUCGUUCCGAAAUCUCGCGAUAACUCGCGACAAAUCAAAUCGUCCACAUCAGGCAAAAAUUCAGCCAUGACAGACAAACAAACAAACUUUUCUAUAAAACUAAAAUAACAGUCUUCGGUAAUCCAACAGAAAAUCACUUCAGUCAUCUCUCUUCACCUCAGUCAGGUAACUGUUUUUCCACCGGUGUUUUGUCGCGAGUUAUCGCGAGAUUUCGGAACGAGAUUUGUAGCGUGGUGAGAUUUGGACACAGCUCACAACAUACAGCGAUCUCCAGCUAAAGCACCGUGAUCCAGCCAGAUCCACUUAGGGUGGAGGUCAUUAAGCUGCUUACGUGAGCAUCUUGGCGCUGGUCUGCACCGAGACCACUUGGACACGUCUUCAUAAUGCAGGACUAGAAAGCUUUUCUUCAAGUGGCUGCCAUGGAGUGCAGCGGAAAGGUGACAGCCCACCUUAUGAUGGCGGCGGGCACGGCCGUGAUUGGCUCCCUGCAGUUCGGCUACAACACAGGUGUCAUCAACGCUCCUCAACAUAUCAUUGAAGGCUUCUACAACGAGACGUGGAGCGGCAGGUUUGCCGAGCCCAUCUCCCAGAGCACCUUGACAGCUCUGUGGUCUCUCUCCGUGGCCAUCUUCUCUGUGGGCGGGAUGUUGGGCUCCUUCUCUGUGGGCCUUUUUGUCAACCGCUUGGGCCGGAGAAACUCCAUGCUGGUGGCCAACGUGCUCGCCCUCACCGCCGCCUUGCUCAUGGGCUUCUCCAAGAUGGCCGCCUCAUGGGAGCUGCUGAUCAUGGGCCGCCUGACAGUGGGGGUCUACUCUGGCCUGUCCACCGGCUUGGUGCCCAUGUAUGUGGAGGAGAUCUCCCCGACCUCGCUGCGUGGAGCCAUGGGCACCUUGCACCAGCUGGGCGUGGUCAUUGGCAUCCUCUUGGCUCAGGUUUUGGGGAUGGACUCCAUCUUGGGGAACACCUCCCUGUGGCCCUUCUUGUUGGGGUUCACCCUCCUGCCCGCUGUUGUGCAAACCAUCCUGCUGCCUUUCUGCCCUGAGAGCCCGAGGUACCUUCUCAUCAACUGCAACCAGGAGAGCAAAGCCAACAGUGUUUUAGUGAAGUUGCGAGGAAGUGAUGACGUGAGUGAGGACAUGAUGGAGAUGAAGGAAGAGAGCCAGCUGAUGAUGAGAGAACCCAAAGUGACCAUCGCAGAACUUUUACGUUCUCCCGUCUAUCGCCAGCCCAUAAUAGUUGCUGUGAUGCUGCAGCUCUCUCAGCAGCUGUCUGGCAUCAACGCUGUCUUCUAUUAUUCCACUGGAAUCUUUGCCAGAGCGGGUGUGUCCCAGCCCGUCUACGCCACCAUCGGAGCAGGAGUUGUCAACACCGCUUUUACCCUCCUGUCUUUGUUUGUGGUGGAGCACACGGGCAGAAGACCGCUACACCUCACGGGUUUGAUGGGAAUGGCCGUUUGUGCGCUGGUUCUCACUCUGGCCAUGGCCUUGUUGGAUCAUCACAGCUGGAUGUCCUACGUGAGCAUCGUGGCCAUCUUGGGCUUGGUGGCCUUCUUUGAGGUCGGCCCUGGUCCCAUCCCGUGGUUCAUAGUGGCAGAGCUCUUCAGUCAGGGGCCCCGACCUGCCGCCUUCGCCAUCGCCGGCUUCUGCAACUGGUCGGCUAAUUUCUUAGUGGGCAUGAGCUUCCCGUACGUGGAGCAAGUGUGUGGUGCUUACGUCUUCAUCAUCUUCAGCAUCCUCCUGCUGCUCUUCUUUGUCUUCACAUACUUCAAAGUUCCCGAGACUAAAGGACGAACCUUUGAGCAGAUUUCAGCAGGUUUCCUCCAUCAGUCGGCAGACAAAUACUCACCUUCACAACACUUCAGCACGCUGGGGGGGGGAGGUCACGACCCUGACCUGUGACACGUGACCUUUGGGGGUCAAUGUUGGCUGUCAUUGACUGCAAACUAUCAGAGUGAGGAAAGUCAUGUGAUCAACUGGCAAGAACAUGAAACAUACAUACAUACAUGUCCUUUAACUGGCAAGAACAUGAAACAUACAUACAUACAUGUCCUUUAACUGGCAAGAACAUGAAACAUACAUACAUACAUGUCCUUUAACUGGCAAGAACAUGAAACAUAAAGCCAGCAGACGCUGAUACAUACAUACAUACAUGUCCUUUAACUGGCAAGAACAUGAAACAUACAUACAUACAUGUCCUUUAACUGGCAAGAACAUGAAACAUAAAGCCAGCAGACGCUGAUACAUACAUACAUACAUGUCCUUUAACUGGCAAGAACAUGAAACAUACAUACAUACAUGUCCUUUAACUGGCAAGAACAUGAAACAUACAUACAUACAUGUCCUUUAACUGGCAAGAACAUGAAACAUAAAGCCAGCAGACGCUGAUACAUACAUACAUACAUGUCCUUUAACUGGCAAGAACAUUAAACAUACAUACAUACAUGUCCUUUAACUGGCAAGAACAUGAAACAUACAUACAUACAUGUCCUUUAACUGGCAAGAACAUUAAACAUACAUACAUACAUGUCCUUUAACUGGCAAGAACAUGAAACAUAAAGCCAGCAGACGCUGAUACAUACAUAC